AUGCCCUGGUCAGGACAUCGCGUGGUAAUGGCCGGUUUUGUCAUUAAAGGCUACGAGGCUAUCAGUUCCUCCGACCACAAUACCUUGCUGUCGUUGGGUUUCCAUCCGCCAGACCUAAGUACAGGUGAUCUUGUAAGGCAUGGUGAUCUUGCUGUUCUCGAGCGCCCCCGUUUCUUGGCGCCAACCGUCCCAGUCAUCUUUGAGCUGUUCGCGGGCACAGGUCGCGUUACCGCAUGCCUCCGCCGUUUGGGCCUUCACUCAGCUCAUGGGAUCGAUCACGUUGUUGUCCCCGAGGCCUCUUCAACGCCGCUGAUCGCAGACCUCACCACCCUGGAAGGCCAGCAGCUCGCCAUGUUUUGGAUCAGCAACCCGUUGCUUUCAGCGGUUUUCGCCGCGCCCCCGUGCGGCACGUGCAGUCGCGCCCGCGACAUCCCUCUCCCAGCACCGCACUCCGGGCCUGCACCCUUGCGCAGCGCCUCAUACCCCGAUGGCCUCCCGUCCCUCACUGGACCAAACUUGUCACGUGUGCAAGCAGCUAAUGCCUGCUACGAGUUCCUGGCUCAAGUUGCGACGCUUUGCCACACCUCCCUGCUCACUGCGUGCCGCGCUGCCGCCAACCAGCAGCCCAAAGCCUCUAAGUUCCCAGCUCUGGUUCCCGAGCACCGCUCCGUGGUCCUUGUUCGCGGGCCCCGCGCCGCGCUCGCCGCCCUGCCCUGCGAGCCCAUGAGUCGACUCAAAGCUGCAUGGACCGUGCCCGCCUGUUGCUCUUGCACGCUGGCCCAAAUACCACCAGACGCGCAGCUCCUUCGGCAAACGCCAUUAUCGGUUAACAAGGGAAGCCUGCCAGAUGCCACCCAACCAUCUUUUGCUGAUGCCGAAAUCGGUGAGCUUGCGUGGGGUAUCCCCCACAGCCCCGAGGCCUUCUUAAAGGCCGCGACGAAAGCUGGUCCCAAGGGGUUGGCUAAGUUUCGGGAUGAGUGGUUCGAGAAAUGGGAAGCCCGAGCUAUCGAGCUCGAGCAGGCUGAGAAAGAUCUGAAGGCUAGCUCACUUGAGCCCGGGGCACUUGUGAGCCGACGCUUCGGCAUCCUGCAAGGAACCGGAGACGAUGCCAAAGCCAGACUCAUAGAUGACAUGUCAGCUAGCACGGUGAACAGCGCAGUCCAAGUUUGCGAGUCGCCCCAGCCGCAUUCAAUAGAUGUGAUAGGGUGUCUGCUUCUGGAGUGCUUGGAGAAUUUCCCGCGCGAUCGAUUCCUCGGUCGCAGCUUUGACUUAAAAUCUGCGUACAGGCAGUUGGGUCUCAGCGAGGAUGCCUUGCAGCAUGCUUACGUGGCAUUCUAUGACCAAGAGGACAAACUGCCCUCCAUCCACCAGCUUAGUGCGCUCCCUUUUGGCGCGGUGCGGUCAGUGCACAGCUUCCUGAGGGUAUCGCACUCCCUAUGGGAGAUAGGAUGCAGCCUGGGCCUGCUCUGGGCUUGCUACUUCGACGAUUUUCCCGUGGUCGCUGGCGACAGCACGGCAGGCAACACGACAUCAACCGUCACUCGCCUUUUCAACCUGCUUGGUGUCUCCUUCAACCUCGAGCAUUUCACCAGCGGGCGUGUUGAGGUCUCAAACACCGCCUCGAGG